AGUUGUUUAGUGAAAAUCAUGAACUGAAGUGUUACUAAAAAAAAACUAAAAAUGAGCGACCGAAAUCACGAGCCUUCUCUCAGUAAUCAUACGCUUGAAAAAGUUAAAAAAGCAAAAGUCACAAUUGAAACUUUCUACUCAAAUUUGCUGAAUCAGCAAAUUGAGCGAGAAGGGCGAAUGCAAGUGUUGGAAAAGUCAAUGCAAAAAGAUGGAUUAAAUGAGGAUCAGUGUGAAAAGAAGCGUAUGCAACAUGCACAAAAAGAAACUGAGUUUUUGCGAUUAAAACGCACUCGACUUGGACUAGGAGACUUUGAGAUGCUUAAAGUUAUAGGCAGAGGUGCUUUUGGAGAGGUAAGAUUGGCACAGAAAAAGGACACCGGGCAUAUUUAUGCCAUGAAGAUGCUACGGAAGAAAGACAUGAUGGAAAAAGAACAGGUUGCCCAUGUUCGAGCUGAAAGAGACAUUUUAGUUGAAGCUGAAAACCCAUGGGUUGUGAAGAUGUUUUAUUCCUUUCAAGAUCUUUACAAUUUAUAUCUUAUCAUGGAAUUUUUACCUGGAGGGGAUAUGAUGACACUUCUGAUGAACAAGGACACUCUAACAGAGGAACAAACUCAGUUUUACAUUGCCGAAGCUGUACUUGCAAUCAAUUCAAUACAUGAACUUGGAUUUAUACACAGGGACAUAAAACCUGACAACCUACUAAUAGAUGCGCGAGGGCAUAUUAAGUUAUCUGACUUUGGUUUAUGCACUGGAUUAAAGAAAGCACACAGUACGGAUUAUUAUAGAGACCUUACACAAGCUCAGCCUAUUGAUUUUACAACGCGACCAUUAAACGCAAACGAUUCUCGAAGAAAGGCGGAAACAUGGAAAAGCAAACGUCGAAAGCUCGCGUACUCAACAGUAGGCACACCAGACUACAUUGCUCCUGAAGUUUUCCAACAAUCUGGAUAUAAUUUAAGCUGCGAUUGGUGGUCAUUGGGGGUCAUAAUGUACGAAUCACUUAUAGGUUACCCCCCAUUUUGCUCCGAAAGCCCCCAAGAAACUUAUCGUAAAGUGAUGAAUUGGAGAAACACUCUCGUCUUCCCAGAUGAAGUCCCGAUCUCGGACAUCGCUCGUAAUUUGAUCCUCUCUCUCUGCACGGACCCCGAGAAAAGACUCGGAUUUCCGGAGGUGGACUCUUUAAAAGAGCACAAGUUUUUCAAAGAUGUAGACUGGAUUCAUAUUCGGGACAGGCCAGCUGCUAUUACAAUGUCAAUCAAAAGUUUGACAGACACUUCCAACUUUGAUGAAUUUCCUGACGCUGAUCUUAAACUAGAUCAAAUAGAUGAGAAUAAAGACUGGGUGUUCAUUAACUACACGUACAAGAGAUUUGAAGGUCUAACACAACGUGGGAGUCUUGUUAUGCCUUGAUUUCAAAGUCACAGGUUUUUAUCAUUCACUUUUAGAAGCAAAACUGCAAAAAAUCCGCAUUUUAAUCAUGAUUUUUCGGACUUACACUGAAUAUUAAUACUAUGUGUAUGUUAUAAUAUGCUGGAAUGAAUGAACUAAUAUAUACUGACCCAUAGGCGCUAAGCUUUUUAAAACACAGGGGAGGCAGGAAUGGUUAGACGCACAAUUCUAUAAAAAUAAAUAUUUUUUUUUUGGUUUAAAUUUUUAUUUUUCAAUGUGGUGUAAAAAUUUAGGGGUGGCCUGCCUACCCUGCCACCCCAGGUUUGGCGCCUAUACUGCCCCUAAUUUCUAUCAUUAGUGUGAUUUGUUACUGUAGAAUAUACUUUGCACAUACAUAAACCCUGUGUGGUACUGUCACACUGAUUCAAACAGGGGUGCUGACAUAAAGAUAGUAUAAUAUAUUCAAUUUUACUGUUAUGUUGGAUUUUUUGGACAUGUCGAUUUAACAUAAAUGUAAAAGAAAAUUCGUUUUCACUAACUUAUCCAUACCAGUCUGUGUUGAAAAAUUUGAACAAAUUUAGCCGAAAGUAGAAUAUGUCACUAAAAUAGUAAAAUUUUAAAACUUUCUUUCUGUCCUGUAUAUUUCAUGUCUGUAAAGCAGCGGUUCUUAAAUUUUGUGUCACAACGAUCUGGUGUAAAAGUUAAAAAUUUAAAGGCGUCGCAAGCUAUGUCGUAUUUAUAAAACAAAACGGACUAAUUUACCAUUUUUUCUAGCCUGCCCAUCACAAAAUUAUACGAUUUUUUAUCAAUAAAUAAAAACAUGACAGCAAAUAUUUAAAUAUGAUUUUAAUUUCAUACAUUUCCGUUUAAAACUAAAACCAUCUUCAAUAAAUUACAUGUAAGCUGUAAUGUUUAUACUAGGUCUGACCAGAAAAUCUGUGCUUUAUGCACCUAAACAAUUUUUUUUUGUACAAAUUUGGAAAAAAACGUUACCAACAGUACAAACAAAAGGCGCUAGUAAAAUAUGGACAAAAAUGAUACAAAAAAGAACGCUUUUAGCACGAUUUAUGAAAAAAAAAACAACUUGUUUAUAAAUUCUUAAAUCGUCGUGUCCCAAAUCCAGCAAAUGUUUAAUUCCACCGCAACGGAAAAAUUUAAGGAUCCCUGCUGUAUAGAAUUUGUGUUUUAACAAUAUGUUACACCAACGUUAUACUUUGUGAGAAAAUUGUUCACGCUUUUAUUGUGAGGUGAUUUAGAUUAUGACGCAAAAACAGUUUCACUGUUCAAUCACGACCAUUUUAUUUUAGUAAAUUCAAACAAAUA